CUGUUGCAGCAGCUCGCAUACUUUUGGACUGACGCCUCUGCGCUCCUGAGGAAAAGAGUCCGGAACUGUGGGGGUUAUGGUCCGCUCCUCUGCGGCUCCGCGGAUCUCGGGUGUUGGGUAGAGUGUGGGUGAGCUGGUCGCUGGGUAAUUCUGGAGGGCAGGGACUUUUGGCUUGUUUAACUCAUGGAUUCCCUGACUGAGCUCGGCUCUACAGCAGCAGCAGGAGAGCCCCGGCGGUGAGAGGAGGCUGCGGCUGUUUAUAAACACGGUCUCAUUUGGCAUGAAAAAAAUCAUCACAAUUACAGGAUGCGAUGAACAACAAGCGGGUGCAGAAUUUCAUGGAUCCUCUAGCUCAAAGCAAGAUCACAAGGCUAGAGGGUACUGUGGGGACUAUGGUCCCUCCAGGGCUUCCCAAAGCAGACAGCUUGCCUCAGUACUCCCAAGACAAGUCAUUACCAUACAGACGGACCUACAUAUCUUGCAAUCUCAGUGGACAAGAGGCUUUAGAUCUUCCCUCAGCAUGGAGCCCCUCUAGGACUUAUGUGAGAAAUGGUGAGAGCCCAGGUGUUCAUUCUGUGGCCACAGAGGGGUCAGUGACACAUCAAGCCUUUUACCGGCCUGAUAAUGUGGCAUUCCCUGUGGAAAGUGGUUCUCCGGCAUCAGUGGAGGCGCUGGCAGCAAAGCACAAGCUUUCCUACUAUAACAGAAGCAAGCAAAGCCCCAGCACUGCAGGUGUCGUCUCUCCUGUUGCUUUUAGAAAGCUUCCUGUUGGAUGCACAAGCGUAUCCCCAUCAUCAGGCGAAAGCCCAGUCGGCCUAGCUGUUCCAAAACCAGUGUAUGGACAUAGCCCCUGCUUCACUGACCUUAAGCGCACGGUAGGUCAGAACUAUGCUGUGGAAAGAGGACUACAAAGGGUGCCCCCUCAAAUGUUUGAGGAUGACUGGGCAGCGCAUUAUGGUCACUGGGCGUAUCUCCACAAAAUGGAGCAGGAAGCAUUGAUGCAGCAGCGAAUGUCCUUCCCAUUCGAGCACUGUGGAGAGAGAUUACCGUUAAAAGAUGUAACGCCACAAGGUUACCAUUCUCUCAGCCCAAGCAGGUCUAGGAGGUCUGCUUUUGCUGAGCCAAACCACAGCGGCUAUGUAUACAGCCCAGCACACCCUGUUCUCCCUCCUUCUGCUGAGCAGUGCCAGCGUUUUCAGGUGCGCCCACAAAUGCAUAAGGAUCUGGCUUCUUUUUACAAAACGCCAACUAGAAUGCAUUAUGGACCUUCACCGACACAGGUUUAUCAAGAUCGUCCACACAUAUCCAAGUAUGGAGAAAUACCUCAGAAUUCUUUGCUGUACUGUCCACAGACUAGCACAGAGCAGAGCAUCUACAGACCAGAGAAUCUUUCUCAUAUAGCUGAAUCUCAUAUUGUUGAAAAGCCUCAGCAAACCUCAGGCCAAUGCUCAAUUCCUCAGUCUUAUUACAGUGACUUGCCGCAUCCUUACACUAUGAUUCCAACAAGCCACCCAGCUGUGAGGAAUUUACAUCCUUAUCCAGGUUUCAGAAUGCACUUAAAUACUAACCAAAUGAACAUGUUCACUGAGCGGCUGUGUCCUCCUCCUGUCAUGCAUCAGGUAGAUCGACCUCUGGACUUUUCCAUACGUAGAGAUAAAAACGCAGAAUCCCACCGGGACCCUAAUGGACACAUUGGAAUUUCAGGGACUUACCACCAAGCACAAGUUUCCAAUCAUAUAGGUGCUCAAAAUGACACACUUGGUGCUUCCAACCAGAGACAUGAUGGCUUUCCUGUUGGCAGUAGCCAUAAUUAUACCUCCUCUCCCCAAUGCACUGCUGUUGUGUCCAAUAAAAAUCCAGGUUCCAGUCCAGCAAACAGUGUUGCAAUACCCAAAAGACAUAGCAAGGAAGGUGAUAACGACUGUGAAUCAUUGAGAAAAGUUCAAAAGAUGGACCAGCAUGAGUCUGACGGGUCUGAGUCACCAUCCUCCCCUCCAAUGCCAGUCAUUAACAAAGUCUUCAGCCUGGCUCCUUACAAAGCCUACUUGGAAGUUACUGGCAUGUUCUCCCCUGCAAAUGAUUCCAGCAGUUCCAAAAUUCAUUCUGACUCAGAACCUCAAAAAGAAGAAGCUAUGUCACAAAGGACUAAUCCAAAACCAAGUCUCUGUCAAGAUGACCUUAAUCUCAAAGCAGUCAAAACAUCACCAGCUAGCAACUUAAAUUCAGAUGGUUUACAAAUGGUGAAGGUCAAGAAAGAGAAACUAGAAACCAAUGAAGCUGCAUGCAAGUCAGAAAUGAGGGUCAGCCACAGUCACUCUACAAUUACUCAAUGCUGCAAUAAUGGAAUAGUCAAAGAAGAACCUGCAGAUUUCGAGCCAGCAGAUUUAAAACCAGCAGAUUCAGAACCUGCUGAUAUAAAGUUAGCACAUUUAGAACCUGCGGACUUAAAACCAGCAGCAGACAUAAAAGUAGCAGCAGAUCUAAAUCCUGCCGAUCUAAAACCAGCAGCAGAUCUAAAACUAGCAGCAGAUUUAAAUCCUGCCAGUCUAAAACUAGAGGCAGAUCUAAAUCCUGCUGAUCUAAAACCAGAGGCAGAUAUAAAACCAGAUACAGAUCUAAAACUAGCAGCAGAUGUAAAUUCAGCAGUGUGUGACGCUGAGCACAGAAUUGUUGUUGUGAAGAGUGAUUUUGAGCCAGAAUGUCACCCAGUCACACCAGAAAUACCAGAACCCUCAAUUGAACGAAAGCAUGAGCCUGUUGCAGUGAACAAAUUAGAAAAUGUACAGACUAAAAACACCCCCAUAAAACCAUGUGAACUUCCAGCCACUUUGCCUCCCAAACCCCCAGCUCCACCUCAGACACAUCAUACACUUCAGCCUACUUUUGCUCUGAGUAAAAUCCCUCCACAUUGCCUCAAGAUCUCCAGAUAUAACAUCAUUAUACCUGAGGUCCUUAAAAGUUCAGUGCCUUCAAAUCCUGUGCUUCCUCCUUCUCCUGUUGAGACAAGUCCAGCAAAGAGCAGCAGCAGACAUGCCCGGCAUCAGUUCAUGGAGCUCCACCAGUCACUGUGCACACUCAUAUCAACCUGUAUUUCUCAAACCUCGCGUUGGGAGCUAAAAGAGUGGUUAUCGCGUCUGAACCUUGUCUCUCCUCCAGUUAAAACCCAGAAGGUAUCAUGCCUGCUUGGAUCUAAGGCCAGAGACGUUUGGUUGAAAGAGGAGGGGAUAGUAGCAGCACUCAGCAAGGUUGUUGUUCAGCUUCAGGCUUAUGUCAUUAGGCUUGAGUGCCCUUUUCUUCAUGUCAUCAGAGCUGGGGCAGUGUUCAUCCCGAUGCUGGUGGUGAAAGAGGUCCUGUUUCCUCAGAUCCAGGGGACAUUUAUUGACCAGGUACUGCAAGAGCAUCGAGUUGAGCUGCGACCAACCACGCUGUCAGAGGAGAGACACCUGACCCAACUCCAUAAGCGGGCUUUUUCCUCAAAACUCAGAAGGCUGCUGUCCCUUAAACACCUGCAAGAUAUCUAUCCAGAUUUGGUCAACCUCCUCUACUAUUCUAAAGCCUGCAGUGUACUUGAUUCAACUUCCACAGAUGUCCAAACUGUUCCUCAGGAGUAGAGCUGAAAUGUGUGGAGUGCUCUGAUGAAGCUGAAAGUUCUGUGAAUGAGCUGGAGGUUGGCUGCAUGUCCCCGACACCACAAACACCAGAAACUGAGACGCACCUGGAGAACAUCAAAGAGACGUCUCU